ACUGCUCCACCUCUGUGAGUCUCCGCCCUGCAGUUUGCUCAGGUGGUGUCGGCAGCAGGAUCGUCCGUGUUCUUCAGGCUUCUCCUCCGCGGAACAAAUCAUGGAAUAGAAGUUCAAACUUCACCGAGAGUGGAAUAAAAGUCUGAAUCCACACUUCAGCUAUGAGGAGCAGAGAGGACCGGACCCAGGACAGGAUCUUUGGAGGCUGCUUGUGACACUGUGGAGUACUUUGAGUCCGUCCAGGUGUGGCUACUGAACUUACCUGAGGCUGCAGGUUUGACUUCUUUACGACAGUCCGUGUUAUUUGUAGGUGGUCACGAUGCCGGAGCUCAUCUCCGUGACCGAGUUCAUCUCCGAGACUAACGAGGACUACAAAGCCCCGACCACCUCCAGCUUCUCCACCCGUAUGUCCCACUGCAGGAACUCUGUGGCAGCUCUGGAGGAGGCUCUGGACGUGGACAGAUCCGUUCUGUACAAGAUCAAGAAGUCGGUGAAGGCCAUCAACACGUCCGGUCUGACUCAUGUGGAAAACGAGGAGCAGUACAUCCAGUCCAUGGAGAAGUUUGGAGACUGUGCCAACAGAGAGAACGCCGAGGUCGGCUCAGCUUUCCAAACGUUCGCCGUUUUCACCAAAGAGCUGACGGCGCUCUUCAAAAACCUGCUACAGAACAUGAACAACAUCAUCACGUUUCCUCUGGACAGUCUGCUGAAAGGAGACCUGAAGGGGGUCAAAGGGGAUCUGAAGAAGCCUUUCGACAAAGCGUGGAAGGACUACGAGACGAAGCUAGUGAAGCUCGAGAAGGAGAAGCGGGAGCACGCCAAGCAGCACGGGAUGAUCCGCACCGAGUUCAGCGGAGGAGAGAUCGCAGAAGAGAUGGAGAAGGAGAGACGACUGUUCCAGCUGCAGAUGUGUGAGUAUCUCCUCAAAGUGAACGAGAUCAAAGUGAAGAAAGGCGCAGACUUCCUCCAGAACCUCAUCAAGUAUUUCCACGCUCAGUGCAAUUUCUUCCAGGACGGUCUGAAAGCUGUAGAGAGUCUGAAACCCUCCGUAGAGAAGCUGGCCACCGACCUGACAGCGAUUAAACAGACCCAGGAUGGAGAGAGGAAACAGCUGAUUCAGCUGCGAGACGCCCUGAAGGCCUCGCUGCAGUCGGAGCAGAAAGAGGACUCUCAGGCCAAACAGAGCUCAGGUUAUAGUCUCCACCAGCUGCAGGGCAACAAGGCUCACGGCACCGAAUGCUCCGGAUUCCUCUUCAAGAAAAGUGAGGGCCUGAGGAAAGUGUGGCAGAAGAGGAAGUGCUCGGUGAAGAACGGUUUCCUGACGAUCAAUCACGGCACGUUUUUACAUGAAGAGUCAAACGGCCAAUCAGGACAGAGCAUGCAGCAGAGGAAGAGGAGGAGAAGGAGGAGCAUAAGGAAAAGGAUGACAGAGAGAAGGGCUAACAGCCCUCCAGCCAAACUCAACCUGCUCACCUGCCAGGUGAAGAGGAACCCUGACGAGAAGAAGAGCUUCGACCUGUUCUCACAUGACAGAACGUAUCACUUCCAGACCGAGGAUGAAGCCGAGUGUCAGAUCUGGGUGUCGGUGCUGCAGAACAGCAAAGAGGAGGCUCUGAACAAAGCGUUUCAAGGCGACCAGAACGAAGGAGAGAACAACAUCGUGCAGGAGCUAACCAAAGCCAUCGUAGCAGAGGUGAAGAGGAUGAGCGGUAACGACGGCUGCUGCGACUGUGGAGCUCCUGCUCCCACCUGGCUGUCCACCAACCUCGGGGUGCUGAUCUGCAUCGAGUGCUCGGGGAUCCACAGAGAGAUGGGGGUCCACUACUCCAGGAUCCAGAGUCUGGACCUGGACGUCCUGGGGACCUCAGAGCUGCUGUUGGCGAAGAAUGUGGGAAAUGCCAGCUUCAACGAGAUCAUGGAGGCCGACCUGUCAGCGCAGGACGUAACUAAGCCUGAUGCGAGCAGCGACAUGCAGACGAGGAAGGACUACAUCACCGCCAAGUACACAGAGAAGCGUUUCGCUCAUCGGCUGUGUUCCGACGCCGCGUCCAGGCUGCAGACUCUGUACGAGGCGGUCAGGAACAGAGACAUCCUGUCCCUGAUCCAGGUCUACGCUGAGGGUGUGGACCUGAUGGAGGCCAGCUCGCAGCCCAACGAACACGAACCCGGAGAGACGGUUCUCCACCUGGCGGUCCGUAUGGGCGACAGAAACUCGCUCCACAUUGUCGACUUCCUUGCACAGAACAGUGGUGACCUGGACAAGCAGACGGUCAGAGGAUCCACGGCGCUGCAUUACUGCUGUUUGACGGACAACAGCGAGUGUCUAAAGCUGCUGCUGAGAGGAAAAGCUUCGGUGUCCAUCACAAACGAAGCUGGAGAGACGCCGCUUGACAUCGCCAAACGCCUCCGCCACACUCAGUGUGAAGAGCUGUUGACCCAGGCUCAAACAGGAAAGUUUAACGUCCACGUCCACGUGGAGUAUGAGUGGCGUCUCCAGAACGAGGACCUGGACGAGAGCGAGGAUGAAAUGGAGGACAAGCCAAUCCCCAACCGGCGUGAUGAGCGUCCGGUCAGCUGCUUUGUGGCAAGCAGCGGUCCAAUGCAGCCCAACAUGGCGGCGCUGGCUCGGGACGCAGCCUUCCUGGCACGGGCCAAUCAGAGGCCUCAGGUCCCCAGCAUGAUGGUCAGCAACGAGACGUACGGCACCAUGAUGGACCUGAACCUGCCGCCUCUCGGACCCACGCCCCCGCUGCCCCCCAGAGUGCCCAACAGAGGACACAGUAAACCUGCUGCCAUGGAAACAGUAGGUAGACAGCGGUCGUCCUCGGACCCCCCCAACCCCCAGACACCUGAGAGGAACUCCUCCAUGUAUGUUCUCCCAGCAGCUCCUCCUCCUCCAGUAAACAAGAGAUCCAGCAUGUUGGAGACCAAGACCCUGUCAGCCAGGAACACCCCCCUCCCUCCCCUCCCUCCAGCAGCAGGACUCCCCCCAGCGACGUUACCGCCCGCCAUCCCACCACCCCCCCACUUUAAAGCUCCACCCCUUCCCCCACCAGUCCCCAGUCACCAGACCAACAAGCCACCUGGACCCAAGUCCCCCAAAUCCCCCACUGGAUCAGCAAAGAGGCCUCCGCAGAGACCUCCUCUCAGGACCCCCUCUGUGGACAAACGAGGGUCCAAAUCCCCUCACGGACCUCCAACACCCAAACCCAGGAACACGUUCUCCAAACAGAAGCCUAAGAGAGUGAAGGCGAUCUAUAACUGUUCAGCUGAUAAUCCUGACGAGCUGACGUUCAGCGAGGGCGAGGUGAUCGUGGUGGAGGGCGAGGAGGACAGCGAUUGGUGGGUCGGGUACGUUGAAGCAGAUCCGACCCGGAGAGGAGCAUUCCCCGUGACCUUCGUCCACUUCAUCACAGAGUGACGCUUUCCUGAACCCUCAGACUGAACUCAACGGGGUCCUCAGGAGACCUGAACCUGACAC